AUGCAAUUGGACACGGCCAGGGAAGAAGAAGAAGAGCCACAAGAAGAAGAAGAAGAAGAAGAAGAAGAGCCAGCUGCGGUGCUGCCAGAAUUGCAGAGAGUCUCUUUUCUGGAACUCUGCCAGAGACAUAGGGGAGAAAACAGUGUUUCCCAUGUUAGCCUUGUUGAGGAGGAUCGGGACCCGGCUGGAUUCUUGGGCUCUGACAUUACGAUUGAUGCUGCACGUGAAGCUAUGCGAAGCAUUUGGCAGAAUGACGAAGAAAAUGGGAACGAUACUGGGAGUCUUGCUCAAUCGGAGACGUCGGUGACUGAUGUGAUGUUUUCUGACAGCAUAAAGUGCAUUUUGGGGUUACAGUUGAGUAGUCGAAUUAUACCGCAUGGUCUUCGAAGACCAUGA